AUGUUCAGCUCUACCUUCAAAACUGAUCACCUUCAGGUCAACUUGCAACUGGUCAUCAAUUGCUUAAAACUCCUGAAAAAAAGAAAAGUAUCUAAGCGGGCUCAGAGAGCAAGGAAGGAGGUUGCCGACCAUCUGGCUGCUGGGAAGGAAGAACGAACUCAGAUCCAUGUGGAGCACAUUAUCUGGGAAGACUACCUCUUGGAGACCAUGGAGAUCCUGGAGCUGUUCUGUGACCUGCUACUAGCUCGGUUUAGCUUGAUUCAGGUCACAAAGGAACUAGAUUCUGGUCUGGCUGAAUUUGUAUCUACACUUAUCUGGACAGUGCCUCAGCUGCAGUCAGAGAUGCCUGAGUUGAAAAUAGUAUCUGAUCAGCUUUGUGCAAAAUACAGCCAAGAAUAUGGUCAGCUGUGUCAAACCAAUGAAAUUGGAGCUGUCAGCUCUCAGGUACUUUGUAAAUUAAAUGUGAACACUCUACCCCAGGUACUAGUGGAACAGUACUUCACAGAAAUUGCUAAGAACUAUAAUGUGUCCUAUGCAUCCAAGACAUUCAUGAAUGAUGACUACAAGAAGAAUGCUUUGCUUCUUUCACUGGUUCCUAGAUUCAACCCUCCAAAUUCUCCAAAGCCAGAAUCAAGAGCCAAGAUUCGUUUUGAUAACUUUAUGCUGCCUCAUUUGCCUGAUGUAAAACCUCAAGCAAGCUUGUCCAUUGGUCCUUAUGGUUCUGAAGAGGUUGACUUUGAGGAUCUUAACCGGAGACUUGAAAUGUUGAAGAAAAUGACAUAA